AUGGGUCAACAGGAAUCCAGAGAAGUGCAAAAAGUCCUGCCCCUGGGGAGGAAUAACCAGUGGAUGCUGGAGACUGACGAGCUGGAAAGCAGCUUUGCAGAAAAUGAACUGGCUGUCUUGGUCCUUACCCUGUUUUCAAGAAAACUAAAUGGAAAAUACAGACUUGAACGCCUUGUUCCAACUGCAGUCUAUCAACAUAUGAAGAUGCACAAACGAAUUUUAGGACACUUAUCUUCUGUAUACUGUGUAACUUUCGAUCGGACUGGCAGGCGAAUAUUUACUGGAUCAGAUGAUUGCCUUGUAAAAAUCUGGGCAACAGAUGAUGGAAGGUUGUUGGCCACCCUGAGAGGGCAUGCAGCUGAAAUAUCUGAUAUGGCAGUGAACUAUGAAAACACCAUGAUAGCUGCUGGAAGCUGUGAUAAAAUGAUCAGAGUUUGGUGCCUUCGAACUUGUGCACCCUUGGCAGUUCUGCAGGGCCACAGUGCAUCUAUUACAUCAUUGCAGUUCUCUCCACUGUGCAGUGGCUCAAAGAGAUACUUAUCUUCAACCGGGGCAGAUGGAACAAUAUGCUUUUGGCUGUGGGAUGCUGGCACCCUUAAAAUAAAUCCAAGGCCAACAAAGUUUACAGAACGCCCUCGGCCCGGAGUCCAAAUGAUCUGUUCUUCUUUUAGUGCUGGUGGAAUGUUUUUGGCCACUGGGAGUACAGAUCACAUCAUUAGGGUUUAUUUCUUUGGAUCAGGUCAGCCAGAGAAGAUAUCAGAGUUGGAGUUUCAUACUGACAAAGUUGACAGCAUUCAGUUUUCUAAUAGUAGUAGCAGAUUUGUGAGCGGAAGUCGUGAUGGAACAGCACGAAUCUGGCAGUUUAAGCGAAGGGAAUGGAAAAGCAUUUUGUUAGAUAUGGCUACUCGCCCAGCAGGACAAAGUUUACAAGGAGUCGAAGAUAAAAUCACAAAGCUGAAAGUGACCAUGGUGGCAUGGGACCGCCAUGACAACUCUGUUAUAACUGCAGUGAAUAACAUGACUCUGAAAGUUUGGAAUUCUUUUACUGGCCAACUCAUUCAUAUUCUCAUGGGGCAUGAAGAUGAAGUGUUUGUACUUGAACCUCAUCCAUUUGAUCCAAGAGUUCUCUUUUCUGCUGGACAUGAUGGAAAUGUCAUAGUUUGGGAUUUGGCAAGAGGGGUCAAAAUCCGGUCUUACUUCAACAUG